AUGCCUGCCACCGUGAAAGAAUCUGUCCCGUUGGAGGUACCAUCGACGUCGAGCAAAUCGAGCUGCUCGAUCGUUAAAUACGCGACGAUAGUCAAUUGGUUGCCAAAGUACUCUCGACUGGACGCUGUUUCCGAUCUCGUGGCUGGAUUCUCCGUAGGAUUAACCGUGAUCCCGCAAAGUAUCGCAUACGCUGCACUCGCAGGUUUAACUGCCCAGUAUGGUCUUUAUACGUGUUUAAUGGGGAGCUUCCUCUACAUCUUCUUCGGGACGAUCAAAGAAGUCUCGAUUGGCCCAUCGUCUCUGAUGUCGCUUCUCACGUUCGAAUAUACCAGAAACAUGCCAGCGGAUUUCGUCGUGCUUCUUUGCUUCCUCGCCGGAUGCAUGGAGUUGCUGAUGGGCUUGCUACGCUUCUUAGUAGAUUUUAUAUCGAUGCCAGUCACGUCAGGUUUCACUUCCGCCACCUCGAUUAUUAUAAUCGUAUCCCAAUUGCAAGGGCUGCUAGGAUUGAGGUUUAAAGCGCACAAUAUCAUUGGCAAUCUGAUCAAGAUAUUUCAAAACAUCAAGAACAUACGAAUGCCAGAUUUCAUCCUUGGAAUUUGCAGUAUAGCGUUCCUUUUAUUCUUCCGACAAUUGAAAGACGUCGAUUGCUGUUUCGGAAAAGGCAAUGGCCAGUCAAAGAAGCAGAAUAAUAAAAAGAUGUACCUGAAGAAGCUAUUGUGGUUUCUCUCCAUCUGUCGCAACGCUUUGGUGAUCCUGAUCACUGCCACAAUAGCUUUCUAUCUCGAGAAAGCAGGAUCCUCGCCGUUCAUUCUUUCAGGAAAGAUACAGUCGGGACUUCCUACAUUCUCUCUACCUCCGUUCUCUUCUCAGGUUGGGAACGAGACUUACACAUUUUUGGACAUGUGCUCCCAUUUAGGAUCGGGCAUAAUUAUACUGCCCCUUGUAUCGAUAUUGGCAAACGUAGCCAUUGCUAAAUCAUUCGCAUGCGGCAGCAGCGUAAAUGCGACACAAGAAAUGUUAACACUCGGUUUGUGCAAUAUAUUCGGGAGUUUCGUAUCGUCGAUGCCAGCUGCCGGAGCAUUCACCAGAAGCGCUGUAAUUUCCGCCAGCGGUGUACGAACGCCUAUGGCUGGCAUAUAUGUCGGGACAAUGACAUUACUGGCGUUGAGUUUCUUGACACCAUAUUUUUAUUACAUUCCACGUUCCACGCUCGCAGCGGUAUUGAUAAGCGCUGUGAUUUUCAUCAUUGACCUGAAGAUAGUACGGUUACUGUGGAAAGGAUGCAAAAGAGACGCGUUCGCGGCGAUAGUGACGUUUUUAGUUAGCGCGAUAUUUGGCGUCGAAUUAGGACUUUUAGUCGGUGCUCUGUUCAGUUUGAUAUUCUUCCUUCGACCACCCGCCAGGCCAAAAAUCGAAGUGAUUCAGUGUAAGACAGAACUUGGAAACAAGUACAUAGUACUCAAACCGGAUACUGGAAUAUUUUAUCCUGCCGCGAAUUACUUUUGCAAUAAAGUGAUGAAAAUAAUUCACAGACACGACGAAAACAAUGUGCCAUUUAUCAUCGAUUGCGAAAGGAUACGAAGUAUCGAUUACACAGCGAUAAAGGGUAUUGAGUUAAUAUCGGCGAAUAUCAAUGCCGAGGUGAAGAAGUUAUGGUUCAUGAACGUUUCUUCAAGGACCUAUAAUAGUUUCGAAGCUUUUGCGAAUAGUAAACAUUUUCACUUUGUCGAUGAAGAGAAGAUAUCUUCCAUCUUUUAUGACGGACUUUCGAACAGCGCGGAAGAAAUGAAAGAUCAACUCGUAGAGAACAUGAUAGGGCAUGCAACAUUCGCGUGUGCCAAUGAUAAAAAAGAAGACGCAGAGAUGUGUCCGAAAGUUAUGACAAAUUCUGAAGGUGGCGGAGAGGAAAUUGAAUUAAUGUUGGCGCCGUCGCAAGAAACGAAACAAACAUGA